ACACUGAGAGAGAGCGGCAAAUCGUUGAAGAGAUCUCUUCUUCCUGAAUCCGUAACAUCUGCUCCGGCGUUGAGAACACAAUGCAAGGUGGAUCGUCUGGUAUAGGUUACGGUUUGAAGUAUCAGGCCAGAUGUAUAUCGGAUGUGAAAGCAGAUAAAGAUCACACCAGCUUCCUCACUGGAACCCUAAGUUUGAAAGAAGAAAACGAGGUUCAUCUGCUUCGUUUGUCACCUGGUGGAUCUGAGCUGUUAUGUGAGGGCUUGUUCUCUCAUCCUAAUGAGAUUUGGGACCUUUCUUCUUGCCCUUUCGAUCAACGCAUUUUCUCCACUGUCUUCUCCACUGGCGAUUCAUUUGGGGCAGCGAUAUGGCAGAUCCCUGAGCCCUAUGGUCAAUCGAAUUCUUCAACAUUGGAGUGUGUUGCUUCCCUUGAUUCACAUGUUGGUAAGAUUAAUUGCGUUCUUUGGUGUCCCUCUGGAAAAUCUGACAAGUUAAUCAGCAUGGAUGAACAAAACCUUGUCUUGUGGAGUUUAGACUCUUCAAAAAAAAGUGCUGAGGUUUUAUCUAAGGAGUCUGCUGGGAUGCGGCAUUCUUUAUCUGGUGGAGCAUGGAAUCCACAUGAUCUGAAUUCUGUUGCAGCGACUUCCGAAUCAUCUAUUCAGUUUUGGGACUUACGGACUAUGGAGAAGGUUAAUUCAAUUGAGCGUGCCCAUGUACGGAAUGUUGAUUACAAUCUUAAGAGAGAACAUAUACUUGUCUCUGCAGAUGAUGAAUCUGGCAUACAUAUCUGGGAUCUUCGGAAGGCCAAGGUUCCAGUGCAAGAGCUCCCUGGUCAUACACAUUGGACAUGGGCUGUCAGGUGUAACCCUGAGUAUGAAGAGUUAAUUCUGAGCGUUGGAACAGACUCAGCUGUCAACUUGUGGUUUGCUUCAGCAUCUAGUGAGAAGAAAACUUCAGAAAGCCCGGUGGAAGCCUCACGUCUACGUGUGAACCCGUUGCUUAAUUCUUAUACUGACUACGAAGACAGUGUCUAUGGCCUCGCUUGGAGCUCGCGUGAGCCUUGGAUUUUUGCGUCUUUGUCAUAUGACGGGAGGGUUGUGAUCGAAUCCGUCAAGCCAUUCCUGCCAAGAAGAUAGUACACCCACUCAAUCGAAGAAGGCCUUCGGAGUUCGGAAGGAAAAGCUCACAGCCAUAUGUUAUCAUCUUAUACAAAUUUUGAACGUUUUGAUAAUACUAUUCACUACAACACUACAAUUGUUGAACUUUUACUAGCGUGUCUCUGUUCAUCUCUAUCACUCAUCACAAUAUCUUUUUUAUGUAUAUGAUAAUUCCGUAUCUAUA